AUGCGUUUCUCGGCCUGGUCCCUUCUCCUGACGGUCGCAUCCUCCGUGACGGCGGUCAAGGUGAACCCCCUGCCGGCGCCUCGGUCUAUCGAGUGGGGAUCGUCGGGCCCCAAGCAUGUCUCGGGCCAUCUGGUGCUGCGCACCUCCAAGGAUACUCGCGAUCAUCUUCUGACAGAGGGCUGGAAUCGCGCCUGGGAGACCAUCGUCAAAUUGAGAUGGGUCCCUGCGGCCACCGAAGCCCCCAUCUCGUCCUUCCAGCCCUUCCCCUCCGCCACCCCAUCGGGUCACGUCCAUGGGAAACGCGCGCCCACCCCGUCGCUGCACUUCGUCGACGUGGUGGUCAAGGACCUGCAGGAGGACCUGCAGCACGGCGUGGACGAGUCGUACACCUUGGUUGUUGAUGAGGCCUCCAGCAGCGUGGUCAUCAAGGCCCCCACCGUCUGGGGCGCCCUGCACGCCUUCACCACCUUCCAGCAGUUGGUGAUCGACGACGGGCAUGGCGGUCUGAUCCUCGAGCAACCGGUCCGCAUCGAGGACGCGCCGCUGUACCCCUACCGCGGUAUCAUGCUUGAUACCGGACGCAACUUCGUCACCCUGGGCAAGAUCCGGGAGCAGCUGGACGGGAUGGCACUGUCGAAACUCAACGUCCUGCACUGGCACCUCGAGGACUCGCAGUCCUGGCCCAUCCAGAUCGACGCGUACCCGGAGAUGACGCGCGACGCCUACUCGCCGCGUGAGGUGUAUUCCCACGCCGACAUGCGGCAUGUGGUCCACUACGCCCGCGCCCGCGGCGUGCGCGUCAUUCCUGAGAUUGACAUGCCCAGCCACUCGUCCUCGGGCUGGAAGCAGGUCAACCCGGAGAUCAUCGCCUGCGCCGACGCCUGGUGGUCCAACGACGUCUGGGAGCUGCACACGGCCGUCGAGCCCAACCCGGGCCAGCUCGACAUCAUCUACCCGGGAACCUACGAGGUCGUGCGCAACGUUUACGAGGAGCUGUCUACUAUCUUCCCCGAUAACUGGUUCCACGUCGGCGGCGACGAGAUCCAACCCAACUGCUUCAACUUCAGCCGCCACGUCACCGACUGGUUUGCCGAGGACCCGUCGCGCACCUACAACGACCUGGUCCAGCACUGGGUUGACAAAGCCGUGCCCAUCUUCCGCAGCGCCCGCGAGGACCGGCGUCUGGUCAUGUGGGAGGACGUCGCUAUCGGCACAGAGAGUGCGACCGACGUGCCCAAGGACAUCGUCAUGCAGAGCUGGAACAAGGGCCUCGAGAACAUCGACAAGCUGACGGCCGACGGCUACAACGUCAUCGUCUCCUCCUCCGAGUUCCUCUACCUGGACUGUGGCCACGGCGGCUUCGUCACCAACGACCCGCGCUACAACGUCAUGACAAACCCGGACGAGAAGAUCCCCAGCCUCAACUACGGCGGCGACGGCGGCUCGUGGUGCGCGCCAUACAAGACCUGGCAGCGCAUCUACGACUACGACUUCACCACCAACCUGACGGACGUGCAGAAGAAGCGCAUUGUGGGCGCAACCGCCCCCCUUUGGGCCGAGCAGGUCGACGACGUGACCGUCUCCUCCAAGUUCUGGCCGCGCGCGGCGGCGCUGGGCGAGCUUGUCUGGUCCGGCAACCGCGACGACAAGGGCCGCAAGCGCACGACCCAACUGACCCAACGUAUCCUGAACUUCCGCGAGUAUCUGCUGGCCAACGGGGUGCAGGCCGCGCCACUGGUGCCCAAAUACUGUCUGCAGCAUCCGCACGCGUGCGAUCUGUACUAUAAUCAGACGGCGGUUGAGUAA